AUGGAUUCCCCCGCUCAACCAAAUGCUGCUGCCAUGCAUAAUGUGCAACGCCGACGAGGCUCCGUGGGCACUACCCAACUUUUUGAUAACAUCGUUUCUACUUCCAACUUCGACCGUGAGGAGGUGGACCGACUACGGAAGCGUUUCAUGAAGCUGGACAAGGACGGGUCCGGCACUAUCGAUCGCGACGAGUUCCUUUCCCUCCCCCAGGUUUCCUCCAACCCACUUGCCACGAGAAUGAUUGCGAUCUUCGACGAAGAUGGUGGCGGCGAUGUCGACUUCCAAGAAUUCGUGACUGGACUUUCGGCAUUCAGUUCCAAGGGCAACAAGACGGAGAAGCUGCGGUUUGCAUUCAAGGUCUAUGACAUUGACCGUGACGGUUACAUCUCCAACGGCGAGUUGUUCAUCGUGCUGAAGAUGAUGGUGGGCAACAACUUGAAGGAUAUUCAGCUGCAACAAAUUGUGGAUAAGACUAUCAUGGAGGCCGAUAAGGAUGGUGAUGGACGGAUCAGCUUCGAGGAGUUCACUGGAAUGGUUGAGAGUACCGAUGUGAACCUCAGUAUGACCCUGAACCAAAUAUAG